GCCAGUCUGAGCUUUGCCCGGCUGGCUACUGCGGUGGGCGGGGUCGGCCGGGCCUGUCCCGCACGGUCUUCUCCACUGACCCGGCACCCCUAGGGGCGGCGCCAUUAAAGCCACGCCUUCCGUGUUGUCUCCGGAUGGCUCUGAAGCGAUGUCAUAGGCUCGCCGGGGCGGAGACUCGGGCCGCUCCUCUCAGAGGCUAGGGCCCGAGCGGCGUCGUCACCCGCUUGGAUUCUUCCGGUUUGUGGUGGCUGCGUCGCGUCUUUCCGAAGGCUAGGGAUACUCCCUCCCUAGACCCUGCCGUCGCCCUCCUUUCAGCAUCGAACCUGAGUUGCUCCGGGACACCUCCAGCCCAACCUAAUCUCGCUCAGGUUCUCUCCCUUUGGAGGACCUCGGCCCCCCAUUGCCCACUUUCCUGGAUGUGCUGGCCCCUCCCACCCCUCUAAAAUGUCCAAUAACCUACAGAGGGUCUUCCUGAAACCCGCAGAGGAAAAGUCAGGCAACGCCUCGCAGUGUGUUUCAGGCUGCAUGUACCAAGUAGUUCAGACGAUUGGCUCCGAUGGAAAAAAUCUUCUGCAAUUACUUCCAAUUCCUAAUUCUUCUGGAAAUCUUAUACCGCUAGUUCAAUCUUCAGUCAUGUCUGAUGCUUUGAAAGGGAAUACAGGAAGCCCAGUUCAAGUUACUUUUCAGACUCAGAUUUCCAGCUCUUCCACAAGUGCAUCAGUUCAAUUGCCCAUUUUUCAGCCAGCCAGUUCUUCAAACUAUUUUCUUACAAGAACAGUAGAUACAGCAGAAAAAGUUAGAGUUACUUCUGUGGGAACUGAAAAUUUUACCUCAUCAGUUUCUAAAGUUCAGAGUCAUGGUGUGAAAAUUGAUGGACUCACCAUGCAAACAUUUGCUGUUUCUCCUUCCUCAACACAAAAUGAUUCACCUUAUAUUUUAGUAAAUACUCAGAGUCUUCCAAUGACUGUGAAGUCUCCAGUUUUGCCUUCUGGGCAUCAUUUACAGAUUCCUGCCCAUGCUGAAGUGAAAUCUGUACCAGCGUCUUCAUUGCCUCCUUCAGUUCAGCAAAAGAUACUUGCAACUGCAACCACAAGUACCUCAGGAACAGUUGAGGCCUCCCAAAUACCAACUGUUAUUUACGUAUCUCCUGUAAAUACAGUGAAAAAUGUAGUUACCAAGAACUUUCAAAACAUUUACCCAAAACCUGUUACAGAAAUAGCAAAGCCAGUGAUACUAAAUACCACACAAAUUCCAAUGAAUGUUGCUAAAGAGACACAGUUAAAAGGUGGUCAGCAUUCUCAAGCUGCUCCUGUGAAAUGGAUUUUUCAAGAAAAUCUACAGCCUUGCAGUCCAUCUCUUGUUCCUGUUAAGUCUUCAAAUAAUGUGGCUUCAAAGAUUUUAAAAACUUUUGUAGAUAGGAAAAAUUUGGGAGAUAAUACUAUAAAUAUGCCAUCACUAAGUACUCUCAGUCCUAGUGGGACACAAUCCAAAAGUAUGCCUAUUAAAGAUAAUGCCUUGGUUAUGUUUAAUGGGAAAGUCUAUCUAUUGGCUAAAAAGGGGACAGAUGUUUUGCCAUCACAAAUUGACCAACAGAAUUCUAUUUCUCCUGAUAUUCCACCAAGAAAAGAUACAUCACAAAUAGUGAGUUCAAGUCCAAUCACAGAAAUAUCCAGAGAGGUUGUAAAUAUUGUUUUGGCUAAAAGUAAAUCUUGCCAGAUGGAGACAAAAUCACUUUCAAAUACUCAGCCUGCUUCCAUGAUCAAUCUAAGGGCAGAGAAGAAUAAAAAAGUGGAGAAACCAUCUCUUUCUACCCCAAACCCACAUAAUAUGAAUCAAUCCAUUAACUACUUAAAACAGAGUAAGACUUUAUUCACAAAGCCACACUUUGCAGAUGGAUUUAGUACAGUACAAAAUGCCCCCAGAAAAGGAAAUAUCAUCCAAAGCAUAGAGAAAAUAAGUUCCUCUGUUGAUGCAACAACUCUUACUUCACAACAGUGUGUUUUCAGAGACCAAGAACCAAAGAUUCAGAAUGAGAUGGCAUCAACAUUCAAAAAAGUUACUCAAGAAAGAAAUGACAAGAACCAUUCCCAAGGAGGAAGCAGUAAGGCAUCAUAUCUGAAGAGUGAUGCAGAAUUUAAAAAGAUAUUUGGUCUCACUAAAGAUUUGAGAGUAUGCCUUACUCGUAUUCCUGAUCAUUUGGCCUCUGGAGAAGGUUUUGAUUCCUUUAGCAGUUUGGUGAAGAGUGAUACUUACAAAGAGACUGAAUUGAUAGUGAAGGAAGAAAAGAAAAAACAGGGUUUUGAUAAGAAAAGAAAAGCAAAAACCGUUAAGAAGAUGGAUCAUACAAAGAAGAGAAAAACUGAGAGCGUGUAUAACACAGCUGCAAAUGGAGGAACUAACGUCACCAAUUCCCAACUCAUCAGCGGUAUUUUACCAACUUCAGAUGUAUCAUGCCAUAACAUUCUCACAAGCCGCAACAAAACCAGAGAAGAAAAGAGAACUGAGGUUGAACAUUAUACCCCUGAGAACCAGGAAAAAGGCACAUUGAGUUCAAAUGCAGCUUUUGAACAGAGUCAUUCCUUUAAUAAAAAUUACACUGAAGAUAUUUUCCCCAUGACGCCACCAGAGUUAGAAGAAACCAUUCGAGAUGAAAAAAUAAGAAGACUUAAACAGGUUCUGAGAGAGAAAGAAGCAGCUCUUGAAGAAAUGCGUAAGAAGAUGCAACAAAAAUAAUAAAAUAUUGCUAUACUUAAAGACUGCAGUGAAAUAGCUGUGAUUUUUUUCAUAUACUUUUGCAUUAAGUUAAUUAUAGAUGCAUUCUGAAAGUGUCUUUAAAUAUGAAACUUGUUUUUUCUUCAGUUAAUGAUUAAAUUUUAUUUAAAGACUACAAAAAAAGUUGAUUCACACAUGCCUCUUGUGAAUAAUCUACAUGCGGUAUCUGAAUCUUUGCCUAGAUACUUUUUUGGGGGGAAGGAAAAUUUUUCUAUUUUUCUAUUAAUUAGAAUUCCCAAAGUUUGAAUAUUUGUGCAAGGUUUUUUGUUUUGUUUUUAAUUGUCUACAUCUUUAGCUGAACUGUACAGGUGUUAUUCCAACAGUAGAGAAUUUAUUGUAUACUACUGAAAUUACACAGUCCAAGGGAGGAUACCAGUACUAACUUAGCCUUGCCAAUGGGUUUAUAUAUGUACUCAGACUGUAUUCAUAAAAUGAUACCAUUGUUGUAAAUCUAUUUUAUUUCAUGAAAAAAAAUGUAUUAUAACAAUAUUAUUUAAAGAUUCAAACAUUUCUGAGUGAGGGACACUUGUUUUGUGGCUUUUACAAAGUAGUUUUAUAUAAUUCAAAAUGGGAUUUAGAAUCCAGGCUAUAUAGUGUAAUGUUUGCUUAAAGUAAUAAGUUAUUAUUCCUAGGUAAAUGCUUUUUCUUCUUCUCCAUCCUCUUCUUCCUCUUCUCCUCCUCCUCUUUUUUUUUUUGGAUUAUGUACAUAUGUAACUAUGUGAAAAGUAAAUCUGAACAAUGGCCUCACUUAAUACUUUUUAAAAAUUGUAAAGUAUACUUUUUCUUAAUGGAGGCAAACAUUUUUCUGUCUGAUUAUGUUUGAUUUGGAGAGUUCAGGAGUUGUAUGGGGAUAGGGAUUAAUGGGAAGAAAGAAAAGUUUACCCCCCCCCCCAAAAAAAAAGAUCUCCAGAAGUAAGGUCACAUAAAAGUUAUACAUACUGAGAAAAAUGCAAACUGAUUGACUAAAUUCUUCUGCCUUUUUUUCUUAUACCAGUUUUAUUGAGAUAAUUCAUUUACCAUAAAUUCACCUCUUAAAAGUGUACAAUUCAGUGGUUUUUAUUAUAGUCACAAAAUUGUGCAACCAUUAACAUGACCUAAUUUUAGGACAUUCUCAUCAUUCCUCAAAGAACCUCAUACCCAUUAGCAUUCACUCUCCAGAUCCUCCACCCCCUCAACUGUAGGCAACCACUAAUAUAGUUUAUGUCUCUAGGGACUUGAGGAAAUUUUUAAGCAUGGUAGGAAUUAUUCAGGAUGUUUUCUUAUGUGAUUGGCUUCUUUCAUUUAGCUUAAUGUUUUCAAGGCUCAUCAGUGCUGUGGCAUGUAUUGGUACUUAAUUCUUUUAAAAUUUGCUGAACAAUAUUCCAUUAUAUGAAUAUAUCACACUUUGUUUUCCAUUCAUUGGUUUAUGGACAUUUGGGUUGUUUUGGCUUCUAGGCUCUUACGUUGCUGUGAAUAUUUUUGUAUAAGUUUUUAUGUGGACAAAGGAGUAUAUACCUAAGACUAUAAUUACUGGGUCAUACCCUAACUCUGUUUAACGUUUUGCACUGCCAAACUAUACAUGGGUAUUUCUUACCCUCCUCCACCAAAAUGGAUCUUGUCAAGGAUACCAGUGACUUCUGUGUUGCUAGAUAUAGUAGUUAUCUUAAUUUAUCUAUCUGGGGAAAUACAAUUUCACGAAUCAGUGCCUCCUUUGAAGAAUUUUUAAAUGUUUUGUUUUUAAAGAUUUUAUUUAUUUAUUUGACAGACAGAGAUCGCAAGUAGGCAGAGAGGCAGGCAGAGAGAGAGGAAGGGAAGCAGGCUCCCUGCUGAGCAGAGAGCCUGAUGUGGGGCUCGAUCCUAGGACCCUGGAAUCAUGACCUGAGCUAAAGCCAGAGGCUUUAACCCACUGAGCCACCCAGGCACCCCAAGAAUUUUAAAGUGUUUUAUUAAACAAGCAGUACAUGUGCAUUGUAAAAAACUUAAAAAUACAGCAAACUGAAGUAUUAAAAAUUGAAUCUUCAUCAUCACACUUUGAAAUAUUAAUGUUGGGACAUGGAGACACGUAAUUACCUCUUUUAUUAGGUUUAUUCACAGAUAUCUUACGGUUUUUGGUGUAGCUGUAAAUGGGGUUGAUUCCUUAAUUUCUCUUUCUUUUGCUUAAUUAUUGGUGUAUAGAAUUGUAGCACAUUUCUGUAUGUUAAUCAUAUCCUGUGACUUCACUGAAUUUGUAUAUCAGUUCUAGUAAUUUUCUGGUGAAGUCUUUAGGGUUUUAUAUAUAAGGUAUCAUGUUAUUUGCAAAUAGUGAAAGUUUGACUUCUUGACAAUUUGGAGGCCUUUUAUUUCUUCUUGUUUGAUUGCUGUGGCUAGGACUUCCAGUACUGCAUUAAAUAACGGUGGUUAGAGUGGACAUCUCUGUCUUGUUCCUGAGCAUAGAGGAAAAGCUCAGUUUUUCCCCAUUGAGGAUGGUAUUAGCUGUGGGUUUUUUGUAUAUGGCCUUUAUUAUGUUGAGGUAUGUUCUCUCUAAACCUGCUUUAUUGAUGGCUUUUAUUAUGUGUGAAUGUUGUACUUUAUGAAAUGCUUUUCUACAUCUACUGAAAUGAUCAUACAUUUGUAUCCUUUUUUAAUUAAUGUGGUAUAUCACAUUGAUUGAUUUGUGAAUAUUGAACCAUCCUUGCAAACCAGGAACAAAUCCCACUUUAUUACAGAGAAUGAUUUUUUUAAUGUACUGUUGGAUUCUGUUAGCUAGUAUUUUUAUAGAGAAUUUUUACAUCCAUGUUCAUCAAGGAUAUUGUCGCAUACUCUUUGUCAUUGUUGUUGUGUAUUUAUCGGGUUUUGGUUUCAGGGUGAUGUUGGUCUCAUAGAAUAAAUUUGGAAUUUUUCCUUUCUUAUUUUUUGGAAUAGUUUGAGAAGAAUAGGUAGUAACUCUUCCCUAAAUGUUUGAUAGAGAUCUCCUUUGAAACAAGCCGUCUGGCCCUGGACUUGAGCGUUUUGGGAGAUUUUUGAUUACUGAUUCAGUUUCUUUGCUGGUUAUAGGUCUGUUGAUGUUUUCUAUUCCCAUUUCAGUUUUCAUAGUUUAUAUGUUUAUUGGAAUUUGUCCAUUUCUUCCAGGUUGUCCAAUUUAUUGACAUACAGUUUUUCAUAAUAUUCUCAUAAUUUCUUGUUUAUUUCUGUCAUGUUAGUUAUUUCUCUUCAUCACUUGUGGUUUUUAUUUGGGUCCUUUCUCUUUUCUUUUUGAUAAAUCUGGCUAGAGACUUAUCAAUUUCACUUAUUUUUUUUUUUAAAGAACCAUCUCCUGGUUUUCACCAAUGUGUUCUGUUGUUUUUGUUUUUGUGGUAUUUUGUUUGUUUUUCUAUAUCAUUUAUUUCUGCUCUAUAUUUCUUCUGGCUUUAGACUUCAUUUGUUGUUCUUUUUCCAGCUUCUGUAGGUUGGAGAUAUAUAAUUAAAGGCUUUUAGUAAAUAGAUAUUUGAAGUCAUAGGUCUGAAUAACAUCACUUAAGGAGAUUGUACAAACAGAGGAUAAAAUUUAAAGGUUGGGAAAAGGACAAUCAUGAAUUUUGAGGAUUGGAAGAAGUGAAUGUUAAAUGAAUUGUAUUUACAAAUCCUUGAAUAGUGUCUGACACAUAGUAAACAAUAUAUCAGUGUUUGUUAAAUAAAAUAAAUUCUAAAAUCACCCUGA